CUUAGACUUAGACUUAACUAGACGUUAGUUUGUGUCUGGGUUUUCGUAUAAAAUUGUCCGUAUGAUUCGAACAGAAAUUGUGACGCCCCGCUGCGGGCCCAUAACCAAAUUGGUGGUCAGCAUCAGCAGCGGCCAAACAAAAAUUACAUACGCAGAUGACUCGUCUCGCACCUUCUGUGCGAAUCCCUCCUGGUUAACGUCUAAUGGCAGAAUGGUGGACCUCAGCCCGGUAUGUGAGCCAGCGCCUAAAGAUUAUCCCAAGGAGGCUGAACUCUUUUUGGAACGACAUUUUGGAACUUCAUCACAAUUAAGGGUCUCGGAAGCUGCGAAAAUACGCCUGGAAUUGUUGGACUUGAAUGUUUUAAGUUACAAUGAAAACGAUUUGGUGGAGAAGGUGCCCCUUGAGUGGCAUCCUGCGACUGUAGAAGAGGUAGACCUACCGCCAACUCAAAGGGCGACCAUUGUGGAGUACAAGGAACCAGUGACGGAUACUAUUAGGACAUUCAAUAUCAACUGGCAUUUGCAAAACUGCAUGGCCUGGGAAUUGAUUAUCAGUAAUAGAAACCCUUCAGCCAAGUGCUAUUGUCCGCGCAUCAGGAAGAUAAUGGAUACUAUUAAUACUCUGGUUGAACCAGAACUGUUUCAGAUCGAUUCAUCGGAGGAUGAUUCUGCUUUGGUUCCCGCGUUGAGCAUGAAAGUGCAGAGUGCUAGUCACAUGCUCAAGAAACUACACAAUCUCCUAGAUCUCCAGAAAGAGAUCAAUCUGCGUUACCAGGACAGCUGAAAAGCCUACAAUAUAGAAAUUAGAUCUAGAUACAUAUGAUUAGAGGGGAAAAAAGAAAACAAUUCAAGCCGACGCUUGCUUUUGGAGUGCUGACCCCUUGAUGUCUGCAUAGAUUGUAUUUAUUUUAUUAAAACAUUUCUGAUGUA